AUGUCAUCUCCCUCCCUCCCCCUUCCAUCGCUCCCUCAGUGUCCUCUGGCCAUGGAGUACCUGAAUGACUUUGACCUGCUUAAGUUUGAAGUGAAACCAGAUACUCCUCCUCCACCAUCCUGUCCGUACCCAAAGCCUAACCUCCAUCAGGGUCCAUCUAGUCCCCAUUACACUGGCCGUCCUCCACAAGACUCCAGCCUGAGCUCCAGUCCUUACACCUCCCUUCCUCCAUCUCCAACACUCAGUGAUGCUCAUCCUCCUCCAUCCGCCUCCUCCUCUUCCUCCUCCAUCUCCUUCCCUCUCUCUAUUUCUAACGGUUACGUUUCUGGACUGAGCUCCACCUAUCAAGGGAACCCAGAGGGUAGCCCCGCUCCUGGUGGGCCUACCCAGUGCCCAAACCCUGCUUCAUUAGAGGACCUGAUCUGGCUGGCAGCACUGCAGCAGCAGUUUGGGGGGGAGGCAGGAGGUGCAGCUUCGCUCCUUGGUGCAUUGGGAGGAGGACCAGAGAGAGGUGACAGAGAGAGAGCUGUACCUGGUGGGUUCCUUGGAUGUGAGGAUGCAGUAGAGGCACUGCUAAACUCGGCUGCAGCAGCUGUCAGCUCACAGUUUCCCAUGUUGUCACAGAGCUCCAGCAGCAGUAACCUUGGUGACUCAGGCAGUGACAGUGGAGGUGAUGUUUCCUGUGGCAAAGCUUCAGACAUGUGCCAUCGCUCUCUCCUCUUUGUCUCGUCUGCUCCUCCAUCUCUCCCCAACGCCAACCCACCCACUGCCCCCUAUCCACAGCCUCCCAGCCCCCAGGGCCGCCUUCAACACCACCAACAACAUCAUCACCCACACCAUCCUAUGCAUGGUCAUCAUCAUCAUCAUCCUCAUCAUCAUCUCCAAGUCAGCCAGGGUGGGGUUGAUGAACGUUUCUCUGACGAGCAGUUGGUCAGCCUGUCUGUGCGGGAACUGAACAGACACCUGCGAGGUGUGAGUAAGGACGAGGUGGUACGUCUAAAGCAGAAACGCCGGACGCUAAAGAACCGUGGUUACGCACAGUCCUGCCGCUACAAACGCCUGCAGCACAGGCAUGCGCUUGAGUCCGAGAAACACGUCCUCACACAGCAGCUGGAGCAACUCCAGUGUGAGCUGUCUCGAGUGCUGAGGGAGAGAGAUGCAUACAAAGCUCGCUAUGAGAAGCUCAUUGGCACAAAUGAGGCCCCGCCCACUCACAGCACCAACCCGCCUUCCCCUCCUCCGGACUACUUUCUCUAA